UCCUCAUCAUCAUGUCACUAAGAAGAAAAGAAUCGCUCAGAGGGGAACAGAAACGCCUCGUCAACAUGACUCAUGCCAAGAGCUUUGAUGCAGCGGACCGUUAUUCCUUGCUGAGAAGAAUGUCAUCAUCCGAUGUCUUGACGAACACACCGAUGAUCUUCUCUAUCAAGAAUGAAUUAGGCAAUCUAGCAAAGGUUCUUAAACUGUUUAAGGAAAAUGACAUCCGGGUACUUCAUAUUGAGUCGAGGAAAGCCAAUGGAAAGGGCUCAGAACUUGAGAUAUUCGUUGAUUGUGAGGGCAAGAAGAAGAUGUUGAAAAACGUCAUGGCUUUUAUGAAGGAUGCCAUGUUGUUGACAGAGGUCAUGACCCCACCUUCUAACACUUCGACCAAUAAGAAGGAGACUGACAAUAAUGCAGAAUGGAAGAACAAAGUGCCUGAUUUUCCUCGCAAAAUCUCAGACUUGGAUAAAAGUGCUAACAGGGUAUUAACAUACGGGCCGAACUGAUGCAGAUCACCCGGAUUCAAAGACAACGAAUAUAGACAACGGCGGAAAGUCUUCGCCGAUAUUGCUUACAAAUACAAACACGGUGAACUCAUUCCACGCGUUGAAUAUACAGAUGAAGAAACAAGAACAUGGGGCGUGGUCUUUUCGGAACUCAACAGAUUGUAUCCUACGCAUGCGUGUGAGGAGUACAUGAACAAUUUCAAUAUUUUGAAAAGAGAUGGAGUAUACAGAGAGGACAAAAUACCACAGUUGGAGGAUGUCUCCAGAUUUCUCAAAGAACAAACUGGCUUCCAGAUAAGACCGGUUGCCGGAUACCUAUCCUCCCGAGAUUUCCUUGCCGGUUUAGCGUUCCGGUUAUUCCAUUGUACACAGUAUGUCCGGCAUUCUUCGUGUCCGUUCUACACUCCGGAACCGGAUUGCUGCCACGACUUACUCGGUCAUGUUCCUUUGCUGGCGGACAAAAGUUUUGCUCAAUUUUCACAUGAGAUUGGAUUGGCUUCGUUAGGAGCGUCAGAUGAGGACAUCAAUAAACUCACAACGUGUUAUUUCUUUACGGUUGAGUUUGGGCUAUGUAAACAAGACGGCCAGACCAGAGCUUAUGGAGCGGGACUCCUGUCCUCUAUCGGUGAACUCAAGCAUGCAUUGUCAGCGGACGCGAAGGUACUGCCCUUUCACCCGGAUGUGACGUCAAAGCAGGAAUGUUUGAUCACGACUUACCAAGAAGCCUAUUUCAUCUCCAAGAGCUUUGAAGAAGCCAAACAACAAAUGAGGGAAUUUGCAGCCACCAUCAAGCGUCCGUUCGAGGUACGCUAUGACCCCUACACAUCGAGUGUAGAAGUCCUCAAGUCGCCACGUGAUGUAUGUGACGUCAUCAAUACUGUGAGAGAUGAACUGACGAUCCUCAUGCAAGUCUUGGUCAAACUGCAAUCGAAAUUCGAUAGUUGAAUAAAUUUUAUUUGUCGACCCAAAUAUUAAAAAAAACAAGGUUGAAAAUCCAAUGGAUAGCACUUGCUCUGCGUGUGUGUGGGUGUGUAUGUGGGUGUUGUAGGGGAAGGGUGGAGACCCCACCCAUAUUUUAUAAACAAAAGUGUACGACCCUAUUAAUGUACAAUAUUAUUAAUACAUUUAAUCAAUUUUCAGUAAGUAACUUGUCG